AUGGAUCAAAGUGCAGUUCUCGCUAUCGCCUCUUUUGUGCGUAACAGAAGCGAAUUGAAAGCCAGGAAGGGUCUUUUCCAGGAUAAGCCUACUGACUUCUUUAGAUAUAAGAGAUUUGUGAGGUGUCUGAAGUCUGAUGCGUAUAAGAAGAAAUCCCUAAAGCAGCCGGACCUAUAUCCACCUCUACCGGAGGAUGAGGAGAAGUUUGCUGAAUUAGCCAGAGGUAUAUUUGUGGAGUUCAUCAAAAACCAAUUGGUAGUACCGGGUCAGAAACUACAUAGUUAUGAAUGUAAAGAACACGGAUUAAAGCCCAGCAAGGACUAUCCUCAUCUAAUAAUGUCCACCAAGGCUACACUAGAUGACAACGAAUACUACUUGUGGCAUUACAACCCCAAAACAUUAACGGACUAUUUAAUUGUGUUUGGUGUGAUUGGUGUCAUUUUAGCAUUUGUAUGUUACCCUCUGUGGCCUGCAUCUAUGAGACGUGGUACAUAUUACCUGUCCUUGGCUGCCUUCGGCUUCCUAGGUGUAUUCUUCGGUGUCGCAAUUAUCAGAUUGAUUGUGUUCCUAAUAUCAAUGCUUUUCAUUAGGGAAAAGGGCGGGUUCUGGUUGUUCCCUAACUUGUUUGAAGAUUGUGGCUUCUUCGACAGUUUCAAACCACUUUACGGCUUUGGCGAUAAAGAAACGUACACUUAUAUAAAGAAGAUGAAGAAACAAAAGAAGAGGCAAGCAAAGAAGGAAAAGUUAAAGAAACUGAAAGAAAAGGCUAACUAA